CUGAAGAAAAACUUGCUGAAUCAGUAUUAUGAGUAUACUACAGAAAUUGUAAAAUAGAUAAUUAAUUAGGUGACAUUCCAGACUUAAUUGGAGAACAUGCCAGAAAUAAAAGUGAAGCAUAUUGUAUCCUGUAGUUGCGCUGACAAGAAUAAUCCAGCUGAAAAUUUAUUAAAAGCAGAAGGUUCACAUAAGUGGAAAACAACUGGCCAACCUAAAAAUGCUGUUGUUGUACUCCAGUUAGAGAAAUCUAGCCAGGUUAAUUCCAUUGAUGUGGGGAAUGAAGGUUCAGCAUUUGUGGAAAUUUUAGUUGGAAAAGAGACGGCUACAACAGAUCAUGAUUAUAAAGUAAUAUUAGUAGCUUCUUCUUUUAUGACACCACUGGAGAGUAGAAAUGGUACCAAUAGAAACAGUGUUAGAAUGUUUGGACCAGAAAAGUUGUCAAAUGCUGUUGCCAGUGAAAAGUGGGAUAGACUUAAAAUAGUCUGUACUCAACCCUUCAACAAGACGUCAGAGUAUGGUUUAUCAUUUAUAAAGAUUCAUUCCACUCCAGAUGACAAAGAAGAAGGAACUAAGAAGUUAGGAGCAUUUACUGUUAAACCAGAAACAGGAGAUGAUAUAACAACUGGGUCACUGUUUGCAAAAAAGAAAAUAGAACCAGUUGAGAAACCAUCCCCAACAGGGGCAGCCGCUGUUAGAGCAGCUUCUCGUUUGGCUGAUGAAUCAAUGUCUUCACCAAAAAUAGAAAAACAGGUCACACCAACAGCACAGAAUAAAAGGAAACAUACUGCAGAUUCAGAUGAUGAGCCAUCUGGCUCUGGUACCCCAGUCCCAUCACUGAAGAAACAGUCAACCAGUCUCAGUUCCACAGCUUCGUCUGCAAAAAGUGAAUCAGUACCUCCAUUGAAGAAAACUAAAUCUGAACCUCCAAAGGAAUCAGCAGUGAAAGCCUUUGGUAGAUUAAUGGAAGGUGUUGUGUUUGCUAUGAGUGGGUUUCAGAAUCCUUACAGAGCUGAGCUUAGACAAAAAGCAGUAGACAUGGGAGCUGUAUAUAAACCAGACUGGGGGAAAGGAUGUACUCAUCUCAUUUGUGCUUUCUCAAAAACACCUAAAUAUAACCAGGUCAGAGGUAAAGGAAAAAUAGUAAAAAAAGAUUGGAUAUUACAGAGUUAUAAACAGAAGAAACUGAUACCAUGGAGACAUUACCGUCUUGGCGAUGCUGACUCACCAGAUGAAUCCAGUACUGAUGAAGAUGUUUAUGUUCCUAAAAAGUCUCCUCCAAAGAAAAAACCCUCAGAAACAAAAUCACCAAAGAAAACCUCACAUAAACCAAGCAAAGAAGCAAUGGACAUGUCAGAUUCAGGAGAUGACACAGAAGAUGAAGUUAGGAGGGUGAAGGCAAAGAUCGAUAAUCCAAAGGGUUCAUUGAAAAAAGAUGAUGAUGAUAAUGAUCCUUAUAAUGCUUCCACAGAUGAAGAUGCCCCAUCAUCAUCCAAAAAGGAAUCACCCAUAAAGAAUGGAGCCGUGGAUGAUGGAAAUGACUCAGGUUUUCCUGAACUACCAGACUUCUUUAGGAAGAAACAUUUCCUUCUGUAUGGAGAUUAUAAUGAGAGGACAAGACGUAGUAUGGUACGAUAUAUAACUGCAUAUGAUGGGGAGUUAGAAGAUUAUAUGUCUGACAAAGUUAACUUUGUAGUCACUAACUCAGAGUGGGACCAGAAUUUUGAUGAUGCUUUAACAGACAAUCCAAGUCUGAUAUUUGUAAAACCAAUAUGGGUAGCCAAGUGUCAUGACAAAUCGAAGUUUGUACCGUACCAACCCUAUGUUAUAAUUCCAGUGGAUGAUGAUGAUUAGAUCAACUUGUGACUGUACCAUCCCUGUAUAAUACAUCCGGCAGACCAUGGUGACACCAUUAUUGUUAAUGUUGGAACACAUAUAGCUGUGUGGUAGAGUUGUUUGCAUUAGAAAAGAUUGACAUUUGGCAGUGGAAUGAUUCUCUAGCUAAUACUUCAUAAUUUCUUUGUCAGGUGAUAUAAUAUAACACUAUCUCUAGCUUAUAUAUUAAUUCUUAAUAACUUUGUUGGGAGAUAUUGAUGUUCAUUUUAAUAGAACAGAAUACAAUUGUUUUGGAUAAUGAACAAAACUAUUUUUUAUAAUGUUCAGCCAUUUUAUGGUUACAAAUUGUUAAAAAAUGUCUUAUUAGAUUGUCUGUUCACUGUAUAAAUCUGACAGACUAAACAGAUUUUCAACUUAAUACACAAUUAUUUAUUGUUAGUUUGUUAUGGCUUGGACAUUUCUGUUAACAUAUAUAUAGAAUUCUUGUAUUGCACUCUUGUUUUACUCAAUGUUGUUAAUCUUCAAAAAUGCCAAUGUAAAUUGUUGUCAGCUUUUUAUACCACCAUAUAAGGUUGUAAUCGUGUAGUUUGUUGUUGUCUUGUGUAGGCAGGGGAAGUUAUGUUUUAGUAAUCAAACAAUAUAAAGUAAUGUAAUAUCAUGAAUGUACCUUACGCUAAGAAAGUUUGGCGUUGAUUUUUUAUGGGUUCUUACUAAAGCUGUAAGGUCAACUCAAAAAGUAUUAAUACCUAUAUAGUGUUAGUCCUGUUUGGAUUCAUACACAAAACAAGGUUGAGUUUUAUUUUUCUUUCUUCACAUUUGCUCAUUUUAUGACCUCGAGUUUGGAAUCUAAUUUGACCAAUCGAUCAUUUCUCUCUUUUAUCCUGAUUCAAUGUGAAUGAAAAAAUAUUUUGUCAAUUCAAACUCCAUCAAACAAACAAAUCUGAAAUAGAUGUGUGUUGUAUAACUGUUCAGCCAGUCAGAAAUACCAUUACAUUCUAAAUAUAAAUCAAUAAAAUGAGAUGCUGGAUAUAUCCGUCAUCGAGACGCAAUCCAACAAAACAUACAACCCAAAGACAUCUGUGGUCUGUUGGAUACAUGGCUGUGCUUCAGAAGACAUCAAGGAGAAAUAAUUUAUUUCGCUGCAUCAUUUUCUGCACAGAAAGUGUGCACAUUAAAAACACUCGAGUCAGAUAAUACCUUUUCCUUCCAUUGAAAAGGAAUCUGCAUUUUAAAUCAUAAUCACAAUUUUCAAAGGCUUGUAAUUGGGUGUUUUUUUGUUAGGACUCAAUACAAGAGGCUUUUUCAGGGGGAUACAAAGAUAUUUGAGCUUUCUGUUGUGUCUCCCAGUAUUGGUCAAUAAAAAAAAAACAGAUUUUAAUAAUGAAUUAUGACAUGCUUUGCUAUAAAUAGUAAGGACUAUUAAUUGAAUACAUACAAUCUUUCUUGAAUGAUGAUAUAAAUAGUGGAUCUAGCCUACAAGUAAAAAUGUCAUUUUUUCGUUUUUUCAAUUUUUUUUCUCUGUGAAUUGUUGUAUCACACUUUGAGAAGCAUUAUUUUUUUGUCUAUGUAUGUUAAAACACACCAAUACAUAAUACAUCUGACUUCUUUCAAACUAAAGUGCAUCAUAUUCUUUUCAAAAUUUGAUGUAAAAAGAUAGCUAUUCAUUAAAUCUUAGAUUUUGACUGAUACUUAUACAAGACCAUUAUAGGAAGGCAGCUAAUUUAACCAAUAGGAAUUUAAUGUAUGUGUAAUUAUUUGAAUUAUUCGAAACUUAUUGAUGCUUUUGAAAAGUUUCUUUACAUUUGUAUGUUAUAGAUAUUUUUUAUAUUAAAUAAACUAAAAGAAAUGUC